UGAGAUCGAUCGUGCGCGCGUCGGUUACAUCAGUUUCCGAUGAUGGAGCGUGCGUGUCGGUUACCGUCCGAUUUUGAGAUUACGCGUUUUGUUUACGCAGAUUUGUUCGGUAGGGUAGAAGCAAAUGCACGACGAGAGUGACGAGGAGGCGCGACGCGGUUAGGAAGGCCGGCUGUGUGACGGGCCGCGUGGUAGGAGGUUGCUGCGAUUCAAUUUCAGUCGAAGCGCGCCAGGCAGACCGAGCGCCAGCGAGAACCGGCUGCUCUGUUUUCUGUACCUCGUGCUUUGCUUUUUUUUCGAAUACCGUCGAAUCUUCCAGUGUACGCACGCAUCAUACUGUAUCGCUUUUCGCUUCGUUCAAUCAUCGUGUACGAUACGCAUGCAUGAGACUAGGACGCACGUACGUACGUAACCAGUAUAAGGGAGAUGUGGUAGUAAGCGUAAAGGUGUGUGUGCAUGUGACUGAGAGCGGCCCCCCAGCAUCGGAGCAAGUGUUUACGUCGUCGUGCAUAUAACCCAAUGUGAGCGACCGUUGCUCCAAAGCCAGUAUAAACCCUUGUGCGUUUUCGAACGUGUUCGAAAAAGUCGAUACAUCAAUGACCCAGUUUUGUUUCGAAGGAAUGUCGAGUGACGGGGUACGCGGGAGUGAUCUUUGACAUCGAAUCAUAUCGAAUCGUAUCGAAUCGAAUCGAAUCGUAUUGUAUCGUAUCGCGUAGUUGAUGGCGUCGAAUCUGUGAAGUCUGUUGACAACUAUUUCAACAGAACGUGUUCGUUCAUUUUGCCGAAUCAACAACACACUUGGAAAAAGUUUUCGAAAACAAACUGGCAUAUAGAGCGCCGACGAUUGACUCGUUAUUAUCGGUGUGUCGCGAAAGGUGUAUUUGUUGAUGCUGAAAGAACGCUCGAUAAGAACAAGUUUGGACAUGAACAGUCGAAUGAUUCUUACGUAUCAUACGCGCAGUUCACGAUCGUGUGUAUAGUGGAGAGUUCUGACGAUUCGCCGAUAGACAUUCGCCGCGUUACAAGCGUGUAAUCCUUGUGCGACCACGUGACACACGGGAUGCGACUGUUACCGACAUGAGAAGACGGGGAUAAGGAAGAAGGACGCACUUCUCUCUCAGAAUGGAAUUCGGAGGUUACAAAGGUACCGGUCCCCGUGUCAGGGUGCGACGACGCGCGGAAUUAGGCAGACGGCUCACCAGGAGGCUAUCUCUGGUCGCGAAAAUGCCAGCUGCCAUUCUUAGCAAAGCAAAUCCACCUGAACCAAGGCCAGUCGAGAUCACCGCCAUCGCACCUGACAAGACACAUCUCACUCUACCUGGUGCAUCUCCCGGAGCUAUUUCGUCCGUGGUUGCUCCCGUGCUAUUGAAGUAUCGGGUCUGCAGACCCAGACUGCUGCUCGCUGGCUCCAGAGCCGAGAUCGAUCCUGCCGCCGAUGUUGCUCUUUUGCACGGGGAAGUUUUGCUGAUCGAGGACUUUGCGAGACAGUACGAUCCGAUAGGAGAUACAGACAGAAGAUACAGAGCUACGGAGAAGCUUCUGCAUGCUGAGGAGGAGUACCUCGAAGCUCUGUGCAGCGCAAAAGAGUUGUACGCACGGCCGCUGGCGCGAAACUACCCCGAAUUUCAUGAUGUUAUCUUCCAACCGCUCGCAGAUCUUUCGGUGGUCACUUCCGAACAUUGCCAGAGGAUCCGCGGAGCGCUCGAGAAUUGGGACGGCGGUACCUUCAAAUCUGGUGACUUAUUCCCUGGCUCGUUUUGGAAUUCUUACUGGGAAUACCUGGAGAGCUACGGCGAGGCGAGGAGGAUUCUGGACGAGCUGAGAGCAUCCGAGGACCCCCUACUGCACUUUCUCAAUCUUAGGCAAGCCGCGGCCAGGCAUUCCCCGUCCUCGUUGCUUCUUCUACCGGUAAGUUAUUAAUAGCUGCAUGAAGUAGAGACACGAUGUUUGCUUGUAAAACGAUCGAAUUAUCUCAGUAGUUAAGUCGAGCUAGCUAAGGGAAGGACAAUACUUCGAACAAUUCUUUAAAAUACGAAUGAUUGAUAAAUCGAUACGGC